UUACAAAAACCCCUCCCAUUAAUUCCACCGUGAUUCCAUCUCCUUUGUCCUUCUCCCCCUCUUCUUGCUCGCAGCAUCCCGUCCUCCCCUCCCACCGCUUCUUUUUAAGUUCCCACCGAGCGGCACUCUCCUCUCCGUCAGCACCUCUCUCUCUCUCUCUCUCUCUCUUAAAAAUCACUCUCGUCUCUCCCUCUCCUGUCCUCCCUCGGCGUUGGUGCUAGCUAGUAGCCAAGCGCGAAGGUGUUGCGGGCACGGAAACCUCGCUCUGCCGCCCGGAUCGAUCACGGCUGAAGUGAGGGCGGGCGGUUGGUCGCGCGGCAGGGUGGCGGGCAUGAGGGCGGGCGGGAUGCUGUGCCGGUCGCAGGCGGCGACGGCGGUGUGCGUGCCGGGGGACGCGCGGUCCAUGGUGGUGGCCCGGCGCGCCGACCGCACCAUCGCUGCCGGCGGGACCGACGCCCGCGCCCUGCACGACGUCAGGUACGCGCGCCUGGGCGGCACCGGGGCCGAGGGCGGCCGCCGCUCCGCGUCGCGCCGGUUCGCGGCGCCCAGGCAGGCCGCGGCGGCGCCUCCGCCGCCGCCCCCUCCUCCACCUGCCGUCUCCAGCGCCGCGUCGUGCAAGCCGCGCGUGGAGAUGGUGAGGCGGCGCCCCGCCGGCGCGGCCCGGGCGCCCGUGGCCGUGACGCUGCCCAUGGUGACCAAGAGCCCCAGCAAGGAGGCCCCCGCCAAGGACCUCGCGGCGGCGGCCAAGCGCGCCGCCGUGGCCGCGCCCGGCGACCAGGUCCUCCAGGUGGUGGUGAUGAAGGUGGCGAUCCACUGCCAGGGCUGCGCGGGGAAGGUCCGGAAGCACAUCUCCAAAAUGGAAGGGGUGACGUCGUUCAGCAUUGACCUGGAGAGCAAGAAGGUGACGGUGAUGGGCCACGUGUCGCCGGCCGGCGUCCUCGAGAGCAUCUCCAAGGUCAAGAAGGCCGAGCUCCUCGCCUGAUGAUGAAUCAACCGAGCAUCUCCAUCAACCAACCUCCAAUCUGACUACAUGCAUGCAUGCAUCAACUGAAGAAGAAGAACAAGAAAAGAGAGAGAGGGGGUUCUGGCUGGGGAGAAAUAGAAAAGUAAAGGACAGAUCCGAUAAUGGCAUGCAUGCGUGUCAUGGUGUAUGGAUCGGGUGCAGGGUGCGUGUCAUGCGCGAGCAGUGGUCGCGGUGAACUGAGGAGAAACCGUGUGUGCCGUCGUCGUCGUAGCACCUGCUGGGUGUAGCUAGCUAUAGGGCCGGUCGGUCCGUGUGUGCAUGCUGCUGCUUACUUUUGUUUAUUACAGCGGGUUUACAUAUACUCCUUGCUCAUCAGCUUUUCCUUUU